AUGCGCGCGGAAGACUUUGGCAUCAACAUCGAUAAGCUUUCCAUAGCGACGGACGAUGCGGGAAAGGAAUUCAAAGCCGCUGUCGCACGCAGCGGUGGGCUACCGCUGAGCUCAAGGGACGGGGAAUUGGAAGAGUUACGACAGAUUGUUGUCGCCAAGGACCGCUCGAUAAGCAGCUUGAGAAGCACUCUGGAUGGGCAGCGAAGCGCGCUCGAGGGACGCAUCGCGCAAACCGAAAAGAUACUUGGUGAUAGGGACAGGGAGCUCGGCGCGAUUAGAGACGAGCUAGAGGGGGCGAUGAGAGCUAAGGCGGUCGCCGAGGCUGCGCUCAAGAGGGAGGUCGAGGCCAACCGCCGCUCGAAGGAGGCCAUCAAGUCUGAUCUGGAGGAUUUGAGGCAAAAGCUUCGUCAGGCAUCAUCAGAAGGCAUGAAAGUGAAAGCGAAUCUUCGGGCGGAGCGCGAGAAGACGGAAAGGCUGCGGGCGGAGCUGGAGCAGAUAUUUACACGCGAGGCGAUGGUGACCGAGCAGCUCCAAAUGGAAUCGGAUGCUCACAAAGAAACUCAGAGAAAACUGGAGAAAUACCACAACGAGCACGUCCGCGAUAAGGAAAAUCAGGCAGUGACAGCCGCGAGCAUACACGGCGACCUUGAAAGACGUCUCGAGGUCGAGCGGCGUGGUCGGGAAGCUUCUGAACAGUUACUCCGAGCUGAGCUCAAGUCCCGCGAGGAGAUGGAGUAUUUGUUGGUUGCACUUCGCGACCUGGCGAUGAAUAAGAAAAAACCUUCACCAUCAGGGGACAAUCAGGAGCAGAUUCGAUUGGUAAAGCAAGAAUUGUACAUGCUGAGAUCGGAGGAAGAGCGGGAUAUGAAACAGAGGAGGGAGCAGCACGAUAUGGCGCGGAAAAAGCUAGAGGGUCAUCAGGCGAGCCUAGCAGUAGAGCUGGCAGAGCUCAGAACCACCAUGGAGUUUCUGCCGUUCGGAACGCAGCGCUCAGACGUGCAGACAUCUCGAGUGCGAUCGGAGGGAAAUAAAGAAAGUGGAGAAGACACGGCUCACCUGAUGCCUUCUUCUCCGGUGUCUUUCGUUGUGCCACUGCGCGACAGAUAA